UGUUAUUUUGUAGGAUUCGUGCUGUUGAUAACCGUACCCGGCAUAUGUCGCGUUUUGUGUUCGGCCGGUCAAGGGUUCAGGACGAAAUCGAACAUCAUCGUCUUGAACAUCUCCUGUCGAGAGCUUCAGCUUUGGAGCAAUCAGAGCUUGCUGAUCACUGCUCUUCUGUCAUUACGAACAGUGCGCUAUCGAAUUGAUCAGAGCAUAACUUUCGAUCAUGUCACUGCGACUCGCCACUUAUCAUAAUUUGGCUCGAUCGACAGCUCUGACUCAGCGUGCACGACUCGUCUCACCAUCAACGUCGAUCCUCAGGCAUUAUGCGGCCCGACCUCGAAGCACCAAGAAAUCAUCACCCUCAUCAGCAGCGUCAUCAUCAUCAACAGCCAAUCGUGCUCGUCCAGCAAAAUCCGCUGCCUCACCGAUUGGUGAUCGUUUGAAAGAGGCCACCGAGACCACCUCAUUUGCAUCCAUACUCAGAUCGGUCAUUGCUCCGAAUCCGAUAGGUGACAAACCUUCUGGUCCAUCUACACCUCCUGAUCCGGUGGAAGGCUUACCGAAAGGUGCUAAGCCAGAACCCGCAGAGCAAGCUGAGGAGAAUCAAAAGACAGAGGAGGCUGCUGAGAAAGGACAAGGUCGAAAUCGUGGUAAAAAGGUCGGCACGGGAGGAGAUGGUGGACCGAGCGGAGGGGGAGGGGACGGUUCGGGUGGUCCUGGUCUACCUGGUGGCCCUCCUGGAAUGGGCACGAAUCAGCUCAUCCUGUCGAUCGUAUUGUCAUAUCUCUUGUGGCAAUUCACUGCUCCUAGUGAGAGCCGGGUAAGGGAGAUCACCUGGCAGGAAUUCCGAAACUCCCUCUUGUCUCGCGGUCUCGUAUCCUCUUUAGAAGUCGUCAACCGCUCCAAAGUACGAGUUCACCUACGCAAUCCCAUCAACACACCUUCCGAUAUGUCAGGCCCAUUGUCGAGCGGAUCCCUCCCGUCACCCUCUCACGGUCCAGCAGCUUAUUCCUUCACCAUUGGCUCUGUGGAAUCAUUCGAGUCCAUGCUGAUACAAACGCAAGACGAACUCGGCAUCCCCCCUGCUGAGCGUGUUCCCGUCUCGUAUCGUGAGGAGAUCUCAACUGCACAGACCCUCCUUCAUUUCGCUCCCACCCUUCUCAUUGGUGGUCUGUUACUGUGGAGCAUGAAACGGACAGCUGGAGGUGGAGGUGGACCUGGAGGUGGCAUCUUUGGCGUCGGCAAGAGUAGAGCCAAGAUGUUCAACAAGGACGAGCAGGUCAAAAUCAGGUUCCAGGAUGUAGCAGGAUGUGACGAGGCGAAAGAGGAAAUUCUUGAAUUCGUCAAAUUCCUCAAAGAACCUCAGAAGUAUGAGAAGCUCGGAGCCAAGAUCCCUCGCGGUGCCAUCUUAUCUGGACCCCCUGGAACAGGUAAAACCCUUUUGGCCAAGGCGACUGCAGGCGAAGCCGGUGUUCCCUUCUUGUCAGUAUCUGGAUCCGAAUUUGUCGAAAUGUUUGUCGGUGUUGGACCAUCUCGAGUUAGAGACUUGUUCGCGAAUGCCAAGAAGCAAACCCCGUGUAUCAUUUUCAUCGAUGAAAUUGACGCCAUCGGAAAGUCGAGGGGCAAAGGGGGCAGCUUUGGUGGAAACGAUGAACGAGAGAGCACGUUGAAUCAGCUCUUGGUGGAAAUGGACGGUUUCGGGACCAAGGAGCAUGUUGUCGUCUUGGCGGGCACCAAUCGGCCCGACGUUCUCGAUAGUGCAUUGAUGCGACCGGGUCGUUUCGACAGACAUAUCGCCAUCGAUCGACCGGAUAUCGGUGGCCGACGGCAAAUAUUUGACGUUCACCUCAAGCCCCUCGCCCUCUCCAAGACCGUCACACUCAGCGACAUUUCUGAAAAGCUGGCAUUGUUGACACCGGGUUUCUCAGGAGCGGAUAUAGCCAACGUGUGUAACGAAGCUGCUCUUAGGGCAGCCCGUCGAGGGGGAGACUCUGUGACGGACGAUGACUUUGAUGGCGCGAUUGAGCGUGUCAUUGCCGGUCUCGAGAGGAAGAGCCGAGUCCUGGACGCAAGUGAGAAGAAGACUGUGGCGUAUCACGAGGCUGGACAUGCCGUCUGCGGCUGGUAUCUUCAGUAUGCGGAUCCCUUGCUCAAGGUCUCCAUUAUCCCGCACGGUGCAGGUGCGCUUGGAUAUGCCCAGUACCUGCCCAAGGAGCGAUUCUUAUUCUCUACGGAGCAGCUGCUGGAUCGCAUGUGCAUGACGCUUGGAGGCCGAGUCGCUGAAGAGAUCUUCUUUGGCGUCAUCACCACUGGAGCUCAGGAUGACUUGCAGAAAAUCACCAAGAUGGCAUUCGAAGUCUGUGCCAACUACGGAAUGAAUCCUGACAUUGGACCCAUCUCGUACGGUCGGACGGACAACAACGAGAGUUUCCAAAAGCCAUUCAGUGAAGCUACGGCGCAAGCUCUCGACAAGGCCGUCCACAACAUGGUCCGAGAAGCUCAUCGUCGGACGACCGAGUUGUUGACGGAGAAGAAGGAAGCGGUGGAAAAGGUUGCGCAACUGUUGCUGAAGAAGGAGGUUAUCACGCGUGAGGAUAUGAGACGGACACUUGGCCCGAGGCCAUUUGACAACGGCGAUGAGAUGGAUCUUUACAUUGAGAAGCAUCUCGAUCAAUCUAAAUCUUCAAAGCCAGAGACGAAGACCGAGUCGGGUGAUGAAGGUGAAGGGCAAGGGGAGCCGCAAUUGGCGAUGAAGGAGACUAAAGUAGAUUAAAGAGCUGUAUUAGUUUGUGCGCAUCAUUUCACACGGGCAUUGAGCACGAUCAUGUAAUCAGAAUCGCGUUGAUUCAUUCGACGGG